UCUAUUAUAACGUGUAUAAAUCUGAAAACAUGUGAUUAUAAUUGCAUUUACAUUUUUUAUUUUUUUUUAAAUUCAAAAUCUGUCGGUCGUAUCUUCUCGUGGAGGAAUGAUGAUUUUGGGUCGCCUUGUUCUGUGCACUACCCCAACAACCCGUGCGGUGAUGGCGAGGAAACCCCGUAGACAAGGCACUGCUUUUUCAUGACGCCCAGGAAACAAAGGUGUUAAAUGACAGAACCAAUGCUUCCUGCUGGAGAUCUGUGUCAUGGAUGAUGAGGACGAUCGCCGUCUUCUGGAUAUUUUAGGAGAUGUGGAGGCACUGAAUGACUAUCUCCAUGGCAGCAACAGCAAUUCUAUUGAGGAGGAUGAUGUAACGAACGCAGCUUAUGGCUCGGAUGGAUCCUUCUUUACGAGUGACACGGGUGGCUCCAACUCUGGCCUCAAUAAUGGCUCCUCUUCAAUGGGCGAGUUUGGAGACGAUUCAGCAGGGGCAGGCCUCCAGCUUUCCAGCAGCCUUUCAUUUAUCGAGGAUGAAUUGGGGCCGGAGACAUCUCCUGGAGGGGUGGACCUCGGGGGCGAGGACCAGCCCUUUGACAUCCUACAAAAGUCUCUCAUGGAGGCUGACAUUACAGAGCAGACUUUGGCCCAGGAGGCCUUACUGGACUCCCAGCCAGCUCCCACUCUGGUGCAGGCCCCCGUUCCCUUCCAGUCCCAGCUGGUUCCUGGGAGUUACGGAGGGGGAGUAGGUGUUGUAACCACGACAACAACUACGUUUCCUGCAGGCCAGUUCCUGCAGGGGGUGUCCCAACUGCCCAACGGCUCCGCCCAGCACAUCCAAGUGUUGGGCUCGUUCGGGGCAGGCGGUGGCGUGAUGACUUUGAGCAGCUUGGAGAGGACUCCUCAGAUUGUUUUGAGGCAGGGGGCGCCUGUAGGUGCAACAGGGACCACACCAGGGGGGCAGGUGUUUGCCCCAACCCAAGGGCAGGUAGGACAAGUGGGCUUACCGUUCAAAAACAUCCCCCUUCAAAACAUCAUCAUCCAGAGAGGCCCUGGAGGGACCCAGACUCUUGUCAGACCCAUCCAGCCCAAACCCCUCCAAGCUGGGGCUCAGACAGUCUACAGCCUUGGCUCCACCACCAUGGCUAACAUAGUUAACGCUAACACCGCUACACCUGGAGGACAUUACACGACUAAUGGCUCCAUAGUGAUGCAGCCGCCCAUUGAGCAGCAGCAGACACAGGCCCAGACGAACAUAACACCCGGACAGUUCCUGCUGCCCAAUUCUUUGUCGCUCACUCCGGCCAGCGCCAUCCACAACGGGCCUCUCGACCCCAACUCCAACACCCUCAUGUCCAGUCAAAACACGGUACAGAUUAUCGCCGGGCAGAACUUCACCGCACAACCCGGAGGCCAGCUCAUUUUGAAUCAGGGCGUAGUCAGUGGGGGUCAAGUCGGAGGGGGCGUCACCCAAACAUGGACAGGUGUUACCUGUGCUAGCGCCGCCCCCGUGCAGACGUCAUGCGCUCCUGGGCGGCUGACUUUGGUAGGUACGCCGACGGCGGGGGUCGGCUGUCAAGGCCAAGUGACGGCUAGCCCUGUUCAGCGCCUACUAGUGACUCAGACUCAGAAUUGCACUUCUCUGUCGCCUAUACCUGGAACUGCUGAACAACAGGACUACAGGCAGAAUUCUUCAUCACCUGCCCUCAAACAGGCACAGCUCAGCAACCUCCAAGGCAUUACAACCAUGACCCAAGAUUCAACGCUAAACUCUCAGGUCGGUGCUCAGAAGAGACCCGCCCUUCCACCAAUUACAAGAGGAGGAAUUAUUUUACAACAGCUGAGGAAGGAUCAUAACGGAGUUCACUCUCCAGAUCUGCGGCGAUUUACGUCAGUCGACGAUGCACUGCAAAGACUCCUCCCGUACCAUGUUUUCCAGGGGACUCCGCCCAGCCACGAUGAGUUCUCACAGGUGGACGAAGAAUUUGAGGUCGUUGCAACUCAGGUGUUGAUGAGGACGCAUUCCAUGGUGAACAAAUACAGACGGCUGCUAAUGGUGGAAGCUGAGCGUUUUAGCCCGUCAUCAGAAAUGGUGAUGAUCGACAGGACCUUCAACCAAGAGGAGCGCGGCAACCUUACCCAAGACAAACGCAUGGUACUAGUGGAUCCAGACGGUUUCUUAGAGGAUUUCUGCUGUGGGAUGAAAUCCAAACUUUUCCAGGAUCCCGUCCCCUCUCAGUCGUCGUCCAGCUGUAGUAAAAACCAGCCAGACAGAGGCUCCACAGAGCCACCGUACAGGACAGACUCCCAGCCCGCGUACGGAGACCCGGGAGGGGCCGAUGCUGCAGGUACAUUCCAACCCCCGCCCUUAGACAACAAGAGAGUCCUGGAACUGAAGAGAUCCCAGCAACACUACGUGCCGAGCAGCAGCGGCAACAACAGCCUCACAGCUAACAGUUCUCUUCAAGGUAACCCCCCGCCUCCCACAGCAACAACAGGCGGACAGACGCACUACCCGGUGUCCCAGCACCCCAUCCAACCCCAGUACCCGCCUCAGCUCAGCUCGCCCGCUCCCCCUGACACAGACACUGCUUUAGAAGCGGCAGUCAACAGCAUCCUGGAAUGUUAAGACUGAAUCUCUAAUGAAUGAACGAUUUCACUUCUUUAAUGUGUUUUAUUUUUUAUUUUGUAACUCUCCAUUUGUUUUCUAUGUUGUUUCCCCUCCUUUAAACCCCGUGUGAAGAGAGGCUAACUCUUCCUUCUGCUCGAUUUUCUUUGUGUCACCAUCUCCGGCCAUGUAGGGUGUCUUUAGGUCUUUUUUCUUUAUCAUUUGGGGGCAGGGUGGGGUGGGGUGGAGUAAUGAUGUAGAAGUUAAAUGUGCACUUAAAAAGACCUAUAAAGACCCGGGAAUGCGUGCAAUGGAAUAGUUUAACAGACGGAAGAAGUUUUGUUUAUUUUACUGUUGUUGUUGUUGUUGUUUUAAAGGGUUCGGUCUGGGACUUCAGUAGCUUGAAUGAGUUCCCCUCUCUUCACACACACACACGCACACACACCCUUAAUAUUCUGUGCCAGUUGAUAAACCUCACUACCUAUGCUGAAAAACAGGGAUGAGAAGGAGGAACAAAAAGACGACUCGGUGCCUAAUUCUAGGUUUUUAUUUGAAGUGUUUACAUAAAGAAGCUCUACUCAAAAAAAAACAAAAAGUCCUUUCGCUCGCUCGGCUCUCUCCUGCUUUCCAAACAUGCACAGUGCACACAGACGUGCUUUACAUCGUUAGCUAGAUGAAUGGUUCUGAGGUUAUUUUCUUUUAAGGGGAGGUAAGUAGUGGACUAAUUGCACUAAUCGUACUGGCUCAUUUUCAGGAACUACAUGUUUCCAUAGAAAGUGUACACGAGUGCUUAACAGAAUGUGAACCAAAAUCUAUUCGCCUGCUUUCAGCUGCCUGCAACGGGAUAACCUCUUCCUCACACUAGAAACCCCCGCCACAUAGACAUUCAUAGCAGUUCUACUGUAAACGGCAAUGCUUUUGUUUUCUUGUCACAUUUGUUUUUCUUUUGUACCUUAAAGGUAUGCAAGCCCCGACACAGACACCGGACAAAUCUCAACCUCUCUUUUUAUCAUUUCACAGUGAGCUUGUGUCAUGGGCGUUCAGUCCUCAGAUUGAGGAAGAUAUUUUACAGUAUCUUUUAUUUUAUUUUUUAAAUGUUUUUUAUUUCCUCAUUUUAAGUAAUACGAGAAAAUAUGACUGUUUAUGUUGGUUGUGUUGUUCCCCCCCCCUUCCCCCCCCCAGCUCUGUGAACAUGACGAUGUCUUUGGGGUCAUUGAUUGUACGUUUGUCUGCCUUCUGCAUAUAAUUAUAUUAUGAACAUAUCUAUCAAUCUAUCUAUGCUUUACAACUUCGACAUGUCCGUCAGUGUGUGUGUGUGUGUGUGUGUGUGUGUGUGUGUGUGUGUGUGUGUGUGUGUGUGUGUGUGUGUGUGUGUGUGUCUGUGUGUGUUAAUCCACCACACUCAGACACUGAUUUUAGGUCUAUGUUUUCAUGUACUUUGGUCGUUCGAUUGCCACACUCUUGACUAUGUUCCCAAAUGUUCACCUUCCAGCGUUUAUCUUCAAGUGUUCCUCACAUUUCCUCUCUGAGCAGCGCAACCAAAUUUCAAAAUAGGAGAGAGUGUGAUCGUGUCCAGAAUCUACUCAUAUCUUUAUGUCUUUUGCGUUGCUUACAAAACAACGUGUGUGGCUGUUUAAAAAAAAAAAAAAAAAAAAAGAAGUUUUCUCUGCAGCUGUGUCCCUAAAAUGACUCCCCACUGUGGUCUAGUUUGUAGAGUUUUCAAUUUGAAGCUUCAGUUUUUUUUUAAGAGCCAACACUUGACUUACUGUGAUAUUUGUUAGGCGUAUUAAUGAACCCUGAAUAUUAGCCAUGUUUUUUUUUUUUUUUCUGGUUUUAGAAUGACAUCUGUGAAAUAAAAAAAUCACAGAAAUCUGCACUAUAGUUUGAAUAAGAACGGGCGUUUUCGUCCACAUUCAUCACAGGACCAAAGCUUAGGUUAAUUGUGUUCAACUUGAUUCUGGACAGUGUCGCCUCUCUCCUAUAAACGUGUCUGUGAAAUAUGCUUGCCAAUAGGCUACAGAGCAGACUGAAGGCCUUUUAUAUGCGAUGAUAAGUUCUGUGUUUGACUGCCAGUGGCCAUUACAGCCCGCCUGCAUCUCUGCCUAUAGACCUCUUCUAUGUACCAGUGCACACUGAGAGAACUGGGCUCUCUGCUUUGAUAACAAAUCUCUAAUGGUAUGUACAGGCCAAGGGAGAUAUGGUUUUAGUUUCUCCUACAAGUCGUUGCUGCAAGACUUUGUGCCUCUAUAGCACUUAUAUUCACGAGAAAGCUAGUUUUAGAACUUGCACAACGUAGGGACGUGUGCAGCAGCGUUGGUGAAACAUUGUGUUAUCAUGAUGCAUAUCAGCGUCUUUGAGGGCCUGGUAGGAACAAACUGUGCUUUCUCUCUCCUGUUCUCAAUGCAGAGAUGUGUUUCUUUCUGCCUACAUUUUCACUGUUGUUUUGUCUCACAUGAUUUGUAUAGUUUGUUGUUUUUUUGUAUAAAAAUGAAAAGUGAAACACAAAA